GUUCUCAUUGAGAGUCCCGAAAAGGCUCUGGAGAAGCGAUACAUUGAGCUGCUCGAGAAACGUAUCGCUGAUCUUGAAUUGGCCGUCAACAAACCUUCUACGACAGUCGCAUUGUCUCCGGAAAGUGCGAAAGCAGAAGUCGCAAAGACUGAAAAUGCAGAUGGGACUCUCGUGGAGCAAAAAGAGCCGCCAAAACCUCGCAUCAAAAGGUUGACAUUCAAAGCGAUCGAUCAAGACACUUUGGACGAGCAAAAAAAGAAGGGUGGAAAGGCUGGAGAGCCGAAAGAUGAUUUUGUCAUCACCUUCCGUGAAGUGGUUCCGACCCCAUUCGGCAACUCUCGCGGAUACUGCGAGGUCGACAUCGUCCAGGGCAAGCUCCGGGAUCUACUCAAGGAGACGAUCAAAGAAUACCCAGGGCAAAGCUGGGAGGGAGAGGUGGUCAACAUGACAACGCCAUUCUACCCGCUCGUCCACAACUGGUCGGCUCUCGAGACGGCUGUCCAGCCUAUCGAGGGCGAUGAAGGAGACACCACACAAGCCCGCAAAGAUCUCUCGGAUCUGCUUGAACUCAUCCGGACCUCGCCAGAACUCAAGAACUACUUCAAGACCCGCCAGUCACAUCUGGACGCCAAGGUCACAACCUACGAGAAUCUCUUCAAAGUGUCAUCCUCGUCGAAUCUGUUCCCGACUAGCCGGGAGCCCCGAGUUGGGGUGGAGUGUUGGUGUUAUGACUGGAACGGUAAGGACAUCGUCCGAGCAUACUACGAUAUUUUCAUUGAAUACUUCCGCGGCACCCGAUCAAUUAGCGAGCUCGCAUGCUAUCCGCUCGACUGCUUCACCAAGGACGAAAAAUUCGACUCUCCUGACCAGCUCCGGGAAAAGCUCGUCGAGCGCGGUGCGAAAUAUUCCCGAUGCGUCCGAGCACAGAAAGGUGUGGCACAGAUGUUCGCCUUCGACGGUAUGGCGCUUGUCGAAAGUAAUAUGGCCAUCGGCAAGGACUCCAACACCAACAUACCUCCGUAUUAUUCGGAUCCUAACGCUGAUCCCUAUGGCUUGGGGAUACCCGAUCCCCGACCCCGCGAGCAGCAGCGUAUCAAGAAGCGCAAAGCCAUCACAGUAAGAGGGCAGUAUAUCAUUGACGCUGAGCACUUUCUCCACUAUGGUGGUGGCGCGCUGUUGAUUGGAGACUGUGAACCCUGGCUGGAAGACGCAAAGAACACUGAUGAUGUCAAAGACGUUGCCGCUGCCGUCAAAGACAAAUGCAAGGAGGCGGCUUCCAGGAUCUCAGCCAAAGGCUAUGAUACCACCGCCACUGAGCCGGACUGGUCCGAAGAGGAAAGAGCGUUCCUUGAGCUCCUUCCAUCAAGAUUCUUGGGAUAUUCGACCGCGAAAAAGGCUUGGGGCCAGUUCAGCGUCAGUGGAACCUCACCUGCGAAACCUCGCAACAACAGUGUGUUUGCAACGAAGCUGCAGCUUGAUGACUCGUACAAGGACAUGAUAAGCGCCUUGGUCAACAACCAUGCGAGCAAGAAUGAUGAACCAGAUGUUGAGAAGAAGGCGGUCGGAGACCUCGUAGAAGGGAAGGGCAGGGGAUUGGUGAUACUUUUGCACGGUCCUCCCGGCGUGGGAAAGACUCUCACUGCUGAGACCAUCGCCGAGGCUACGGGCAAACCACUGUUUGUGGUCAGCGUGGCAGAGAUCGGCCUGGAUGCUUCGCAAGCAGAGAAGAAUCUGGAUCGUAUGUUCUCGCUCGCCGGGGCGUGGGAAGCUGUGCUGCUGGUGGACGAGGCCGAUGUCUUCCUCGAGAGCCGUACCAGCGAAGGCGACGCCGAGCGAAAUGCCCUCGUGUCCGUCCUCUUGCGUGUGCUCGAGUACUACGAUGGCAUUAUGAUUCUCACCACCAACCGGAUCAACUCCCUUGACGUAGCUGUGCAAUCUCGAAUCCAUCUCGCCGUCCGUUACGAUGACUUGAAGAAGGAGCAGAAGAAAGCCAUCUUCAUGCAAAACCUUGAUAAGCUCCCCAAGGACAGCGUCAAGGACCGCUCCGCCAUCGACAACUGGAUUGAGGAAGCGGGAUGCGAAGCGGAGUUGAAUGGAAGGCAGAUAAGAAACGUGGUCAGCGCUGCGCUGGCGGUGGCUUGUAGUGACAAGGUCGAUCAGAGAAUUACCAAGGAACACCUAAAACAAGUAAUAAGGGUCUCCAAGGAUUUCGCAUCGGAUCUGGCGCGGACGACCAAGUUGGCGAGGGACCAGAAUGAGGCUGCUAGGUUUAGGUAA